AUGGAUUUGGAAUCGGUUGGAGAUUUAGCAAUUCAGAUGAUUAUGGAAAAUCUAAAACCCGAAGACAUUGCCACAAUUUCCUGUGUCAGCAACAGGUUUAGGUCUUUCACUUCCCAUGACUCUCUCUGGUUCAAAAUCUGCUCCACUGAACUUUCUCUCACUCAACCAAUUGAUCAUCUCGGAAACCCUCUCCCUUCCUUCAAGGAAGCUUAUCAGACAUGGAGAGAAGCUUUUGUUAUGUAUCCUUGGCCUCUUGUUAAGCGCGUAAAAAGGUGUUGGGACAAUAUAAAAACCUGGCUCGCCGAUAAUUUUCCGGAAGCUAAGGACACUCUUUGUCAAGGUGCGUCGGAAGCUGAUAUUCAAGAGUUGGAGGAUGUGUUACAUGUUAAAUUGCCUCUUCCUACGAGGAUUCUUUACCGUUUUCAUAAUGGGCAAGAAAUUGAAAAGCUAGAUCCUGAUGCCAACACUUUUGGUACUAGUUUGGGAAUAAUUGGAGGUUACUCCUUCUAUGAUCAUUUGGUGAAUGUUUAUUUAUUACCUAUUAGUCAAGUAAUCCAAGAGACUCAGCAAAUUACGCAGAACUUAGGGUUUUUAAGAAGAUCUAAGUAUGUUCUUGUGGCUGCUUCGUCUACUUAUAGUGAGAAGUUGUUUUUCUUAAACUGUACCAAUGGUCAACUAUAUGUUGGUACCAGGAAUCUUCUUACCAAUAGAGAUAUGAUUCCGUGUGUUCCUCAUGAUUUGAUUAGUUUGCAUCAUGAGUUGGACAGCGAAAAGAUACAGGAUGCCAUGCUACUGUGGUUAGAAGAACAUGGUCGCCGUUUACAACGCGGCUUUAUCAAAUUGAUUGAAGAAGAAAAUGUCAGAAGCAUUAAUCUUUUCCCAGAAGAGUCACCUCUCUGUUCAACUGCUGUAACCAAUGGUGUGCAGGUUCGUGCCUCUGCGUUGGUUAUCCCUGAGUUGGUUGAUCUUCAAGAUGACCGUGAGAAGUACCUAUUUUCUUAUUCCAUCCGCUUGUCCUUACAAUCUCAAGGAUGCGUGAUCAAUGGAAUGACCUACCGCUCUUGCCAGCUUUAUUGGAGGCACUGGAUCAUUCAUGCUAAUGAUGUUGUAGUAUCUGAUAUGGAUGGAGAAGCUGUUAUAGGAGUGUACCCACUUUUGCGGCCCGGUGAUAAAGAAUUUGUUUAUCAGAGUUGCGCAUCUCUACCAACAUCAUCAGGUUCCAUUGAAGGUUCCUUUACCUUUGUACCUGGAAGAUUGGUAGACCCAAGAGGAGAUCCAUUCCUAGCUACAGUUGCACGUUUCCCUCUUCGGCUGCCCGACUAUAUUUUCUGA